AUGAACUCCGCGCCGUGGGAUGAGGAGCCUGCGGUGAUUCUUGACAACGGCAGUGGCAACAUCAAGUGCGGCUUCGCCGGCGAGGAGGUUCCCCGCUUUGUCUUUCCCAACAUCAUUGCCACCCCCAAACAACGCCAGGGCCCCACGCCGGUGUACGUCGGCGACGACGCCUUGGCCCACACCCACACAGAAAGAGGCCUGCGCUACUCACAUCCAAUGGCGCACGGCAUCGUGAGCGACUGGGACGCGAUGGCGCGGGUGUGGACGCACGCCUACGACGCACUGCGGGCCGAUCCCGCCGCGCAGGCCGUCCUGCUCACGGAGGCCCCGCACAAUCCCACGCAGCACCGCGAGCAGAUGGCAGCCGUGCUCUUUGAACACUUCGCCGUGCCCGCGCUGCAGGUGCAAAUUCAAGCCGUUCUCGCCCUCUACGCGGCCGGGCGCACCGACGGACUUGUGCUCGACAGCGGCGACGGCGUCACGCACGUUGUGCCGAUCGUCGAGGGACACGCCGUGACGCCGGCGGUGCGCCGCCUCGAACUCGCCGGCCGCGAGGUGACGGAGUGGAUGAUGGAACUGCUGAGUGAUGAACUGCAGCGGCCCUUCACAACAUCCGCAGACCGCGAGGUGGCACGAAUGGUGAAGGAGCGGCUGUGCUACGUCGCCCAGUCCUUUGAAGAGGAACUGGAGAAGGCAGAGGCACAGGAAACAUCAACCACAGCAGAGUCCUUUACAUUGCCAGAUGGGGAAACUAUUAAGAUCACGCGUUCACGUUUUUGUUGUCCGGAGAUUCUCUUCACUCCAGCUAUAGCGGAAAAACCUUAUGAGAGUAUUCAACGCACUAUUGUAGAUUCUGUGGAGGCCUGUCCAAUUGAUUUGCGGCGUCGACUUCUUAAUAACGUUGUUCUUUCCGGUGGUAAUACAAUGUUUGGAGGAAUGCAGCAGCGCCUUGAAAACGAACUUAAAGAAUUAGUGAAUAAACGUGCAGCAGAGGAUGUGCAUGUCGUUGCCGCGAAUGAGCGUAAGUUUAGCGUUUGGAUAGGUGCUGCUAUUCUUGGUAGCCUAACCUCAUUCUCUUCAGAGUGGAUAACAAAGCAAGAGUAUGAAGAAAAUGGACCUUCUAUAUUACAUAAAAGGUGUGAUUCCCUUGCUUUUGUCUCUAAAUGA